CCUCUCCUCUCUCGCACUCUCCCUUGCCUCAGCUUCAGCUCGCCAGCCAUCUCGCUACUGUCCAAUCUCGUUCUCCACCCAUCCAUCGUCAUAACCCAGCUCUCCUCAAAUUCGGAACCCUAGUUUGACCCUAACCAAGCCGCCGCAACUCACGACCUCCUUCGUCGACCUCAACCGUGAAGCCACAGUCGCGACCUCCAUCGUCGUUCUCCACAGUGCAGGGGCAUUCAUGGCACCGCUCCAGCCUCCUCUCCUUUGCUCUCUAACUGGCCUUCAUUGUGUCUGGAAGGUUGGUUCCAGCUAAUGAUGUUCUAGCUACACUGUAUUCUCUACCAGAUAAAGUGGUAGAUACUGUCGGUAUUACGUCAUUGCCAUCUGAAGAUUCUAUAUUUGAAAGGAGAAGGAAAUUGGACUUCCUUCAUAUGCAGGAAGAACUGAUGAAGAAGGAGGAAGAGAGAGAAAGAAGAGCAAGCCAAGAUGAAGGAAAUUAAAGCCAGUGAAGAGGAUUUGGCAUUGAAAGAGAUGAUUAUUCCAACAGCAAAAGAAGCACGAGAACAAGCAAGGGCAAGGACACUAGAAAAGGAAGAGAAGAUUUGUGAAAUAAGUUGUGCAUUGGCUGUUUUGGCUUCUGCAUCUUCAGUUAGUAGGGAGCGUGAAGCGUUCCUGAGACUUGUCAAUUUGGAGAUUGAACUUUACAAUGGCAUGGUGGAGAAAGAGGGUACAGAUGGUGAAAAGGAUGCCUUGAAGGCAUAUAAAGUUGCUCAUGAUGAAAGUGACAGUACUUCUGUUGAGGCUGAAGGUGACGAGGUUUCAUCAGCGCUUAUAGACAAGGUGGAUGCAAUGCUUCAAAACCUUGAGACAGAAAUUGAUUAUAUAUGCGCAUAUUGGUGAUCUCUGGCAAUUACUUGACUGGUGAACUCGUCUUGUUUCGUCUUUGGUUUUCUUUUCCUAUGAGUUCUGUUAGAAAUCAUACUUCCUACUGAAUGGAAGCAAUCCUUCUUUUCUUGUCUUUCAAUCUGUAGUCGGUUUAAGUUGUUAUUAAACUCAUUUUGAGGGAUACUAGUAAUGUUAAACUUUGAUGGAUGGUAUUGCAUUGGAAUUUUGUCUAUGUAAUUAAAGGUAUGAGGUUUACAAUAUGUGUGCAUGGAUUUUGAUGGGAAAGUAACUCCUGAUGAGGUUGCAGUUGCUGCGAACUACUUGAAUUAUACUUUAGGCAAGGAGGGCAUCCAAGAACUCAUAGGCAACCUUUCCAAAGAUAAAGAUGAGAAAAUUCGUGUGGAAGAUAUUGUGAAAUUGGGCAGCCGGACAGAAGAUGCAAACCAAGCUGAAGAUGAGGGAUUAGGGAAUAAUAUAUAUGAGUCACUGACUGACUUUAUUCAUGAUAUAUAUAUCUGAGACUCUGAAAUGGUUGUGGAGUGGAUUUGGUUAAAUCCACUCUGUAGGUUUUGUUUUUCAAUAUACACGCAAUGCAACAAACCAAAAUUGUUUACCUACUUGCAUGCAACACUAGUUAAUGUUCUUCUUUUCUUAGGUCCAAAGACCCAUCUUCCUCAUCCACACCAUUAGCCACCGCAAGCACCACCAAUGAGUUUGCAAAUUCAAUUUGUAAUAUUUGUUCUUGAAAUGGGUGGAUUGGCAUUGGCUUUAAA